AGAGAGAGAGAGAGAGAGAGAGAGACAAAGAGAGCGAGAGAGGGAGAAACUCCAACACUGCUACUGAAACGUGUCAGCUGUUGGUUAAGGGAGGCUUAAGAAUAAUUAAGGGAGGCUGAAGAAGGGAGGUAGAGAGAGAGUUUAUGUAUACCAGUGGGGUUGAGAGACCUUCUUCUCUCCAGCGGAGCAGCAAGAUGAAGAGUUUCAUCACAAACACCCUCUCUGACUUCUUCUUCGAGUACGAGACCCCCCGUCAGGUGCUGGUACGGAACAGGAGGGUGGCGGUCGUGUGCCGAUUGAUCCAGCUGGGGGUCCUGGCUUACAUCAUCGGGUGGGUGUUCAUCUAUGAGAAAGGCUACCAGUCGUCAGACACGGCCGUGGGUUCCGUCUUGACUAAGAUGAAGGGGGUGGGUUACACCAAUGUGACCGGAGAGGAGAGGAUCUGGGACGUGGCUGACUAUGUCUUCCCUGUACAGGGGGACUCUUCUUUUGUGGUGAUGACCAACUACAUUAUGACCAAAGGUCAGAAAAUUGAAAAAUGUUCUGAGCCCCCAAACUCGAAGAAUCGAUGCAGCUCUGACGCAGACUGUGAAGGGAGAUCAGAACGUACGGGAGAUGGACAUAUGACGGGGAAGUGCUUGGUGAACACAACAAAGAUGUGUGAGGUGCUAGCCUGGUGUCCUGUGGAAGAUGACGGCAGUAUCCCAGACCCUGCGCUGUUGAUGUCGGCAGAGAACUUCACACUGUUCAUCAAAAACACAAUCAACUUUCCAGCCUAUGGUGUUACGAGGUGUAACCUCGUAGAAGGUAUCGACAAUCAGUACAUCAAAAGUUGCCUGUACGACCCAAAGACGGCCCCACUGUGUCCCAUUUUCAGACUGGGCGACUUGGUACAGAUGUCUGGCUUCAACUUCGCCGCCAUAGCCAAAGUGGGUGGGGCGAUUGGUAUCAUCAUUGACUGGACCUGUAACCUGGACCAUGACCAGUCAGACUGUAAACCGAUCUACUCCUUCCACGGUCUCUAUGGAAACCCCGACGAGGCAGACACGGCCAGAGCAUCUGUGGGAUACAACUUCAGGUAUGCAAAGCAUUAUAUGGAGGACAAGCAGGAGAAAAGAACGCUUCUGAAAGUGUUUGGGAUUCGAUUUGACAUCAUUGUUCGUUCAGUGGCCAGAAAAUUUGAUAUCAUUCCAACACUAACAGCUAUAGGAUCUGGUGUUGGAAUCUUUGGAGUGGCGACUGUAGUAUGUGAUCUGAUUCUCCUGUAUCUACUACCCAAGAGGGAAUUCUACAACAACAUGAAAUUCAAGGUCACUGAAACGAUGGAGAAGGAACCUUUAGAUGAGUUCAAGUCUGAAAAAGAAGUAUCCAAGAAGCAUUCAGAAGAGGUUCUAGUGCAUCAUGAGGCACCACUGUCAGAGACUUAGCCUCUACAGCAGCUGCCUGGAUCAGCUCAGUCUUAAGAGUGAUUCUGCAGAGGGGUCCUGACUCCUGGGCUCCAGUCUGCAGUAACAGCGACUCCAACACACUGACUCCAGACUGCACUGAGACAUCUUAAAGCAUAAAAACAAGUGUGAAUGGUUUUCUGCCUUGUGUCCACUCUCCAGCUCAAUGAUUCAACUGCUAUUUAAUUGCCUUCAAAUCCUGUCAACAGAUCUCAAACAAUGCCCUUCCGGCUCAAUGAUUCAACUGCUAUUUAUUGCCUUCAAAUGUCAACAGACCUCAAACAAUGCUCUCAGUUUAGGAGAUUUUUUUUAUUUUACCUUUAUUUAACUAGGCAAGUCAGUUAAGAACAAAUUCUUAUUUACAAUGACAGCCUAGGAACAGUGGGUUAACUGCCUUGUUCAGGGGCAGAACCACAGAUUUUUACCUUGUCAGCUCAGGGAUUCGAUCUAGCAACCUUUCAGUUAGUGGCCCAACGCUCUAACCACUAGCCUACCUGCCCGAGAUAGAUAGUUACGGAACAUUCUUUCAGACAGCCACCCUCCUUUGUUUGUCUAAAAGUAAUAAUCAGGGAGACAGUUUAAUCAUUGGAAUGUGAUACAAAACAAGGCAUCGAUGUGCUUUAGGAGCGCUGUUCUCUCAAUGUGUUAUAAUUAGAACUAUGUGUUAGUUUAGGGUUGGUUCAUUAACUGAAAGAAUCAUGCGUUUUAUAACACAUUCGUUACCUUAAAGUACCCUGGUUUAUUAACACAUUUUAUAAUAUCUGUUUAUAACACAUUCGGUACCUUAAAGUACCCUGGUUUAUUAACACAUUUUAUAAUAUCUGUUUAUAACACAUUCGGUACCUUAAAGUACCCUGGUUUAUUAACACAUUUUAUAAUAUCUGUUUAUAACACAUUCGGUACCUUAAAGUACCCUGGUUUAUUAACACAUUUUAUAAUAUCUGUUUAUAACACAUUCGGUACCUUUAAAGCCGUGGUUCACUCAGAAACAUUUUCUAUUUUCUUUGGGGACACAUUUCUACACAUUUUGUCAGGGGGUGCAGGGAAAAUGUUGCCAUUUUAAAGGUAAUUUUCUUGCAAUUGUAUACAUUUUGCCAUGUCUAAUGUGUAUUCCUGUAAUAUUUGAGUGACUCUAACAUUACUACAAAAUCUCUGGGCUAAAACAACGUUAGCUGACGUGGGCUAGUAGAUCUGGACAGUUUCUGACACGUUAUAAAUAUCUCUCUAAGGUCUAGUAAUGACCGACAGGACAAGAGGAACUGAGGAUGUACUUCCCAAUAUAGAAGCUGCGCCUUGUGUAUUCUACUAUUACAACUUUCAAGAGUAAGUUGAAAAAGCCGGUUUCCAACCUCUUCCAUCAGCACAGCAAAACACCAUGUUGUCUUCAAGAAGCAGAAGAAUAGAUGACUACUGACGCGGGCGGGGUAUUCCACCUUGAAAUACUGUAACAAUGACUGAUUUUUGAUCUUUAAAUCUUUCUCAUCAAUCAACAAGUUUGUGAUUGAUACGCAAAUUCAAUAAAACAUUUGUUGAAGGUU